AGUACCAUGUGUAUCCGAAGCCCGAAGCGGGCAUCACUAGCGCGUACAGCUAAGUGUGUAGUGCAUUGCCGUCGCCGUGAGCUCCGCUCCACGCUCGGCGCUCCGCGAAGGAUCGAGAGCCGCGCGUCAGUUGGACACCCGAAACGACCAUGAGAAAACUUUUUUAUUUUCUCAUGCUAUUUACCUCAAAACUCGGCGGCGACGAUAAGCGGUAGCAUUGCGCGUUAAAAAACCUCGUUUUCACUCUAAACUUCUCCACUGUGAAUAAUAAAAUCGUCAGUGAAAUCGGAGGUCGAGUUAAAUACUAAUACGAAAGAAUAGACACGGAUACAGCCGAGUUCUAACUGUUAGAAAAUUUAAAAAAAAGUGUACGCUUCGUGAUUUCGACGUAGUGAACGAAGAAAAGACGAACGAAUGGCCAACUCGAACGUUGUACGACGACGGCGUUUGCGAACGCGUAUCCUGACAAAAGUGAGAUUUGUGACGCCCUCAACGAGCUCCAGACAUCGUUAUAAAAUAAAACAGUUUUAAUUACGAUUUUCGUGCUUUUUAUCGUGUAAUUAGUGAAUUAUUAUUUCAUCAUUGGUCUUAUUAUUUUUUUUUCUUCUAUUCGACAAACGUAAUAUUUUUCAAAUGCGAUGUCGACGCACUUGAUACGCGAUCACUGCGCACGCACGAAUCUCCAAUAAAUGCGUUUACCUGGAGAUGGAUUAUAAGAUUAUAAGUGUCCCCUCAUUUUUAGACUGAAUUUUCAACGUUUAUAAUCACGCACGCCAAAAGACUUUAAAGCCGGGCCAAAGAGACUAACGAGCAAAAAACAGAAUGAGUGAAAAAAACGAGUUUGAGAAGGCGAGGAUAACGGAGCGCGUUAAUCCUAAACUGUACCAAAGAUUCGGCGCAAUAGUCCUCAAAUGAUCGAAUAUCGAAUCGCAAUAUACCCGGAAGUUGGAGAAAAGCGGAAGAAAGAAGGAGGGGGAAGUGUCGACGAAAUGAAAUUCAAUAAGAAAAGUGUCGCUGCGGACGCGAGGAUGGACGUGACGCCGGACCGAGCGAAUUGGAGGGCCACGAGUUUCAAAAGGUCCAAAUCCUUUCGAGCGUCCUCGAGAUUCAUCUCGAAAAUCCGUAGUCAAACGAAUGUGCGUGGCAGAGCCGCCGGGGUCGACGUCGAAUCGUCGGGGCGCCAGCCGGACCCGGUGGCGCGGUCGAAAAGUACAAAUGUCAAGGUCAUCGAAGAUGCUGAUUUUAUGGAAAAGCUCCGCAGGGACAACGGAACCAAAGAGACGACGGACAUUCGUGGGAUAGUUAAAGACGUGAAGAAUAAAUUAUCGAUAACGAUGAGAGCGAGGCGGAAAAAAGGAGGGAGUGAAAACCCGACGUGGCUCGACGGACGUCCGACGUCCAACGGGCUCGAGGACAGACUCGACAGCGCAAACGCCCAACGCGAUCGAGCUUUCUCCACCACGAUGAACGAAUUUAAUUCCUACGAGAAUCCGACCUUCGACCAUUCCUUCGACGACUCGAUAUCCGGGUGCCUCUACAAAAGUCACCCGGACCCUUGCCGGAGGGACGAAGACCGAGGGGAAAUCGGCAAUGACGCGACGACGAGGAACGACGCUGCGGAAAAAAUGGUCACGAUACUCGUCGGCAAUGACCAAGGGCCCGCGGCUCGACCGGAGCCUCCGAACGAAAGAUACGAAGGUUCGAAGACCCGGUGUCACGAGGCUUUCGUGACGAGCGAAGAAGCCUCGCGCGAUCAAGUCUUAGCUACGAAAAUUACGAAUAAUACAGCCUCCUGGUUGGCCAGUCGAGGAUCGAGCUUUCGAUUCAAAUCCAAUUACGUAUGUGCCGGCGAGAGCGUCGGAUUAUUGGCCGGUCGUGCCACUUCCGUGGCGAAAUCCCACACGUUCCAAGGUAUGGAGUUCCUCGAGGGCUUCGGCAAGAAGAAACAACACCAAGCGAGCAACAAUUUGCCCUCAAACAUCAAUCCCCUGACCGCGCAAGCUUCCCUCAAUAUUCACGUUCAUGCUUUAUUCUCUGCGGUGGAGCACGGCCACCUUGACAAGGCUAGAACAAUACUGGAGUCGACGGACGUCGACGUAAACAGCGUUAACAGCGAUGGAUUAUCGGCUCUGGAUGUCGCAGUUCUCGGUAGCAAUAGAUCGUUGGCUAAGAUGCUCGUGGCUUUUGGUGCUCAGGAAGGCAACCGGUUUACGUCUCCGGAAAGUUUGGGCAGUAAUCUGGCCGCUCUUCUAUCGACAGCCGAACAAAGAGUUCAGGAGCUCGGUGGUACAACGUCGGGAAAUUCAAUUAUCGAAACGGCGAGCUGCCGUAAUGAUUUCACAACGCCUCACAAUAGUCUAGCACGAUGUGCCGAUACCACCGACGAGAAACAGCUCGCUCUCUGGGAAAGACGAGUCCGUGCACUUAGGAAAAUGUUGCUUGGAUUCGAUCAAGCUCGGCCUCCGGAUAUACCGUUGUCGGCGAUGCUCGAUGUUACGGGAACGACAUCGGUUGUGUUGAAAUUCCAAGAAUCCGAAAUACACGAUUCGUCGAUCUGUACAAAAAUCAAAGUACAAUGGAGCACCGACGAGGAUUUCGCAAACAUUUGUGGCGAGAGACUAGUGAUGGAUAUGAAACAACGAGAAUGUCGAGUAGACAGACUGGCUCAAGGGCAGAGAUAUCAUUUUCGCGUCGCUGCUGGAAAUAUUAAAGGAUGGAGUCGAUUCGUUCACUCGACACCGGCGUACGUUACACCGAGCAGUUGGCAAGAUCUCGAGGGUAAGUCGCCACGCUAUCUGGAUCGAUUAGAACAAUUGGAGAGCUUAUUCGCGUCAAUACGUCGCCCGGAGUACAGCAAUGAAACGCCCGCUUUGCAGCGACGCAAUCAAAAGAAAAAGACGACGACGAUCAAACAAUUGUUUAGUGCAACGAGUAAAUUUCAAAAGAGUUUGAGACGCGGGAUUUUCCUCGCUUGUUUGCUCUAUCACGAGGACAAGAUACUAGUGACGAGCGAAGAUUUUUUGCCCGUUAUCGAGAUCGAUGAGACUUACACACCGAGCUGUUUGUACAACGAUUUUCACUGGUUCAUGAAAGUUUCAUGUACGUGGGACGAUGUGAAAUCAUUGAGGCAAGAUAUGGAGAAGUGUAGCGGAAGUUCGUCCAAUCAUACGAGAAUGAAACUCCUUCAAGCCUCGAGUCAAAUGCAAGCGGCACUUUCCAUUCAAGACCUCGGGCAGAUUUAUCACAAACCAUUGAAAGAUGCUCAAGGCACGAUCGUCAUAUCGAUCGUAAAUUGCGUGAAAAAUCCUAAAUCUAUAUCUCUCCUCAACAGUCGAUGGAUACCUCUCAACAAAGUUAUCAAAAAGACUAUUUCUCAGGAGAAUAACAACGUCGCCGAUAUUCUUAUGAGUAGUAUACAGAGUCAAAUGACUUAUCAUCAAUUGAGCAGUAUUAAAUUAACGAAAGGACUCUAUCUCGGUUAUCUGAAGAUGCAGAGCAACGUCGAUAAUGUUCAAGUUUUCGUACCCUCCAAAGCACCAAACGUAUUGCCACAUUCCAAGAUUCGGGACAAUCCUCAUGUCUCAGCGGAAGAAUGGGAGUAUUUGAAGAAAAUAACGAGGAUUCCAUCGAGCGAUUUGUCACAGAAUAAAAUAGAGGAGAAAGAGAAUGCAACGAACGAGGGAACGGAGCAACAGAAACUAUUCGUCGAGCUUGUCUCAGCGACGUCGAGGCGUUUAUUUUCCUAUAUGAAUAUAAGCAGCGAAGAAUCGGAAAAUCAUCGAUUGUACGAUUCGGAAGUGAUUGAACUGACGAAUCAGGUGUCGCUCAUAGUAAUCGUGCCGCCCGCUGACAAUGCGUGUUCGGUGCCGGGAACACGAGAAACUUUGCUUCAACGGGAGGAUUUAUUGUUGCUGCCGAUACAAGUUUUCGAGAUGUUGCAUCUUGCGACGUACCAGAAAAAUUUGCUCAAUCUUUACUCGAGAUUGAGUUGCAUACUGGAAUUGGAUACGGCCCUGGCGCAACAAAAUCAUCGCGAGGCUUUCAGCUCGUCCGAAGUUAGUGUCGCUAAAGAGAGGCUAACGAAACUUCAGGAUCUUCAAUCCCAAACGAAUACGGUGUGGAAAAGAGCGAGGUGGCUCAUCGAUUUGAUCACGUUCGCUCGUGAUCGAGGAGGAGGACCUACCGGGCACUUGGCGAUUCCACCGACGGGGAUAUCGAUGAAGUAUUUGUUGGGAAUAGAAGUGAGCAGAAGUAAAAGCAAUCAAGCCAAUGGUAGUAACAAUAACAACAAUGGCAACAACCUCAGCAAUGGACACAGCCUGAAAAGAAGUUCGGUCCAGUUACCACCGAGGGAUCCAAAACUCGUCAAAUCGAGUCCUGGACGCGGUAGCUGGCCAGGGCUCAAUUUAUCCUCGAAUUCGGUAAUUUCCUCAAAUCUACUGUCCACCGAGUUGAGUAAAAGCGAGCAACAAUUACCUCACGAUGGUGCAACCGGUCAGUACACACGAAAAGGCAGCUACGACGGAACCAAUUUUUCCAACGAUCCACCCUCCUCGAGAUUCAACUCGAAUUCCGAAAAUCUUGAAUCGAACAGCCUCUCGCCCAUCGUGAAAUCGGAGGACACGAUUUUACUCACCAAGUACAAGCACAGCCCGAGGAAUCGUCUCGUCAAUUCGUUGACUCUCGUCUCCGGGAAUACGACGACUUCAUCGAAUAUCAAUAAUUUCGGUCGGGGCGUCCUCGCUCUCGCCUCCUCCGCAUCGAACAUCACGACUACCGUUUCCUUGAAAAAUAACGACGAUUAUAAUUAUGCUAAUGCGAAUAUUGCACUAGGCAAAACAAAGUCCGUCAAACCCACGGCCAGUGUCGCUGCUGUAGCUACUCCGAGUAUCGAUUCUCAAAUCGAUCGGAAAAAAGACGACGCUACUGUGAUGCCGGCACCACUCCCUGGCAUUUUACAGGUUUACGCGGCUUAUGAGACCGGUCUGGCAUCGGGUACUAGUCUAAAGCUUCACGUCACACCGAGAACAACGGCGCGAGAGGUGGUCGAUCUCGUGGUGAAGCAAUUGAACAUGGCAGUUGUUCUGAAGGGUCAGGAAGGCCCGAUUUACACGUCCGACGAAUUGCCCAAUUUUUGUCUCGUUGCGGUGAUCGGAGCUCGCGAGCGAUGUCUCAGGGACGAUUUCAAGCCUCUGCAGCUCCAAAAUCCUUGGAAAAAGGGCCGACUUUACGUAAGACAAAAACAAGACGUGUUGGCUGCCCUCGAACACAGCAGCAAACACACCGCUUAUUUGUAAAAAAAAAAAAAAUAACUAAAAAUCACUCGUCGAGCUUAUAGAUUAAUUUUUAUGUCUGUAGUUAAAUAUGAAGAUUUUGUAGAUUGCGAUGUCGAAAGGAGGAAAUAUUUUUUGAAAUAUAUUAAUGAAAAAAGCGUAAGCGUCUCCUCGAAA